AUGGCGACGCCCAGUGAGUUGUCCCUAGAGGAGAUACGUAAAUAUUUAUUGGAUAACGGUGGCUCAGCGCGAAAUCACGACCUAGUGAAACAUUUCAAGAGCUUCCUCACUGAUCCCGAGACACGAGUUGAGGCACGGAAUAAGUUCAAGGAGUACGUAAACACUCUGGCGACUAUCAAAAAUGAGGAGGGGGAAAAAUUCCUGGUCCUUAAGAAAAAGUAUCGCCAUAGCCUAGACGAAUUAGCAUCACCAAUGUAUUCUCACCUGGGACCCGGUUCUCCUCUGGCAACCCCGGAUAUCCACACUGCCACUUCACCCCUUCGUGAUCCACCCCCGUAUCGACCACCCCCUCCUGCUCCUCUGAGUCCCACACAUUCUAUUGACGCACCCUCGCCCGUGUCCUAUCGUUCACCCCCAGAGGAGCUCUAUGCAACUGUGAAUAAACCGAAUAGAGCACCCCCAGUGCCGGUGCACAAUUUACCGGGUCCAGGGUCUCCCUAUCGUCAAAACUCCAUGUUCGAUGAGACUUCACCAGAGAUGGAGGAUCCAUCAUCCCCUCCUGUCCCUCCAAGACGAAAAAGUCAGGACAAACUGAAACUAGAGAAUAAAGAGAACGUUAACAAUGAGAAGGGAAAAAACAGUCAGGAAACUUCAAUCAAGGAGGACGAGCCGACAGGAGGAAGCGGAGAAUUGCCAAGUGUUCGUGAACGAAUGCAGCGAUUCAACCGGAUGGCAAGUGAGACUGAUCUUCACGGUCGUCCAAACGGUAUUACAUCACCAGUCAAGAAACGCUCCGACAAGGGAACGGACGAGGAUGACAGCGCUUCUGUGGCUUCGCAACUGGAUGGGAAGUCGAGAGAAUGGCUGGUGAGAGCGGCACAGGGAGAGUACCAGGCGCUUGCGAAACUCGCUGCUGAGGAGCCACGUUUAACCCGACUCAAGACUGCACUGCACUGGGGAGCCAAACACGGGGAUGAAAACAUUGUCAAACUCAUCGCUGGGACAUACAAGGAUUACAUCAAGAGCGUCAACGACACCACGAAUGGGGGAUACACGGCACUCCACAUUGCAAUGCAGUUCGAUCACGAGAAUAUUUUCAAUUUACUCGUCCAGGUUUACGGAGCCAACCAGGAGAUUCGGGACCACAGUGGGAAGAAGGCCAGGCAGUAUCUGGCCUCGCAGGAGGCUGCGGUUAGCCAAGAUACCUUCCGAAAAAUAAAAGCAAGGAAAAAGCACACAGAGAAAGAUCUUGGUUUCCUACGAAUUGGCUCAUUGAACGUCCGCGUGAAACGUACGACGGAGGCCUUCAGCCAAUUCCUGGGUGUGGCCAGUAGUGGAAAUAAUGAGAAGAUUCAUAAGAGUUGGGGAUCUGCGGAUAACAUUCAGGAGAACAAAGUCAUGCCUCCACCAAAGUACGCCCCAAUCAAGAAACGCAGAAGCAGACGUGCCCAAGACUUCACUCCUUCUCGUCAACAAGCUGCUAGUCAACCCAGCACACCUCUUCCACAGACUAAAAUAGUGGGAGGGGAUAAUCCGUCCAGAUUAACAAAACGGCCUUCGUCAACCACUGCCGUAUCACCAACUACUCCGAGAGCAUCACGAGAACAUGAUUCUGAUUCCGACGGAGCCUGCGGUUUCGAUUCCGCCUGGCGAGGCUCUGCCCAAUUGUGAAUUAUUUUAUUUAUUGCAGUGUUUAAAGAUCUUAGAGGGAAUUCAGGGAAUUUUGUAAAUCAAGAAUCUAGUUAAUUUUUAGUUUUCCUUUUCGAAAUUUGAUUGAAGAGUGAAAUGUAUUGUAGUGCCUUAGAUAUUUAGAGGAGUUUCGGUUGUUGAAUAUUUAUAACUUCAUGAGUUUUGCCUUGUAUCCAUUAGAACUCGUACUGAUUAUAUCCAUUAUUCGCAUUUA